AUGUUACUUCGACAGCGCGCCUCAGGGCGCCUACUUUCCUUGAAUCCGUCUCUGUCGUCAUCCUACCAGUCGCAUUGGUCGUCAGCGCGGCUGCUUUCGACCGCUGCGUCCACUCGAUCCGCCCGACGCGCACUUCCUCGACAUCAGAGUCUCGGCCUAUCGAGAACACCACAAGCCACUGCACCGUUCUCCUCUUCCGCGACCCGGCUAAAGCAAAAGAACCAAGGAUUCUUCGAUGACUCUACCGAACCGCUGUCAGAAGAGGAGGCGAAGGCGAAUCUAGAAAAGCAGAAAGAGGCGGAAGAGAAGGAGCUCAGUGAGGCAAAGAGUUCGAACUCAGAAUCCCCUUCAAGUGGCGGUGGCCAGGGCUCCCCUGAAUCUCCUGACGGCAAGGGUAGCAGUGCGCCCGGAGGCUCGUCAGGCUCCGGUGGUGAUGAACCAGGGGAUGGUGGUAAGAAAGGCAGGAGGUCUAGCGGCGAGCGGGCUUUGUCCAAGCCGAUAGUCCCGGAAGUCUACCCCCAAGUCAUGGCGAUUCCGAUUGCUAAGAGGCCUCUGUUCCCCGGGUUCUACAAAGCCAUCACGAUUAAGGACCAGAAUGUGGCCAACGCCAUCACGGAGAUGAUCAAGCGCGGCCAACCGUAUGUCGGCGCAUUUCUUUUCAAAGACGAAGCCGCCGAUGACGACGUCAUACACAACGCAGAUGAUGUCUACGAUGUUGGUGUCUUCGCCCAGAUCACAAGUGCUUUCCCGCUGCACGGGGAAGGUGGAGGGCUCACUGCUAUCCUCUACCCUCAUCGCCGGAUCCGCCUUUCGACGCUGCUUCCUCCCGGUGCCCAGGACCAAAAGAAGGUCGAGUCCGAGUCCGAGUCCGAGACUGAGUCUAUUCCUGAACCCAUACCAACGAAGCCAAGUGGCGAGGAGCCCCAGCAAGAGAAAAAGGGCGAUGUAGUUGCUAGCUUCGAGGAGAGUGCGGUCUCACCCAAGUCCGAAUCUGCUCAACAGCCCUACGAGCCUACAUCGUUCCUCCGCAAGUACCCUGUCAGUCUCGUCAACGUCGAGAACCUGACCGAAGAGCCGCACGAUCCCAAGAGUCCCGUCAUCCGCGCAGUCACAAAUGAGAUCGUCAACGUUUUUAAGGAGGUGGCCACCAUGAACAGCCUUUUCAGGGACCAGAUUUCUACCUUCUCCAUGAGCCAAUCAACUGGAAAUGUAACGGCAGAGCCUGCCAAACUGGCCGACUUUGCUGCUGCAGUCUCAGCAGGUGAGCCUGGGGAACUACAGGAAGUCUUGUCAAGCCUGAAUGUGGAGGAGCGGAUGCAAAAGUCGCUUGUCGUUCUCAAGAAGGAGCUCAUGAACGCGCAGCUGCAGUCAAAGAUCACCAAGGAUGUCGAAAGCAAGAUCACAAAGCGCCAACGCGAAUACUGGCUGAUGGAGCAGAUGAAAGGUAUCCGUCGAGAGCUCGGGAUUGAGUCGGACGGCAAAGACAAAUUGGUCGAGAAGUUCAAAGAAAAGGCCGAUAAGCUUGCCAUGCCAGAGGCGGUGCGCAAGGUUUUCGACGACGAGAUCAACAAACUGGCUCAUCUCGAGCCUGCUGCCUCUGAGUUCAACGUCACCCGGAACUAUCUCGAUUGGCUCACACAGAUACCCUGGGGCCAGAGAAGUGCAGAAAACUUUGGGAUCCAGAAUGCAAUGACUGUUCUCGAUGAAGAUCACUACGGGCUCAAGGACGUCAAGGACCGAAUCCUGGAGUUCAUUGCAGUCGGCAAGCUACGAGGCACUGUUGAGGGCAAGAUCCUAUGUUUUGUCGGCCCGCCAGGCGUGGGCAAGACGAGCAUUGGCAAGUCUAUUGCUCGGGCCUUGAAUCGGCAGUAUUACAGAUUCAGCGUCGGUGGCCUGACUGAUGUCGCCGAGAUCAAAGGUCACCGACGUACGUACGUUGGUGCAUUACCAGGCCGUGUUAUCCAGGCUCUGAAAAAGUGCCAGACGGAGAAUCCGCUGAUUCUGAUCGAUGAGAUCGACAAGAUUGGCAAAGGUUACCAAGGUGAUCCAUCCUCGGCCCUUCUCGAGCUUCUCGACCCCGAGCAGAAUGGGUCGUUCCUGGACCACUACAUGGAUGUACCAGUGGACUUGUCAAAAGUGCUUUUUGUUUGCACUGCUAACAUGACCGACACCAUCCCGAGGCCACUAUUGGACCGCAUGGAGGUUAUCAGACUCUCUGGCUACGUUUCCGACGAGAAGAUGGCCAUUGCGGAGAAGUAUCUUGCGCCGGCCGCCAAGGAGAUGGCUGGUCUCAAGGACGCUGAUGUUCAGAUGAGCGAGGACGCUAUCGAAGAGCUCAUCAAGUAUUACUGCCGCGAAUCCGGCGUGCGGAAUCUCAAGAAGCAGAUCGAAAAGGUCUAUCGCAAAUCGGCUCUGAAGAUCGUCCAGGACCUAGGUGAAAACGCAUUGCCCGAGUCUGAGGCACUGACUGAUGAAGGCAAAGCCGCUUUGGAAGAAGGCGAAAAAGAGCGACGCGACAAGGAGGACCUGGCUACAGAAAGCGCUUCCGAGAGUGAGACGACGGAGAAGCCCCGUGUCGCUCUCAAAGUGCCCGAGUCAGUCCACGUUACCAUCGACAAGGACAACCUCAAAGAUUAUGUCGGCCCACCUAUCUUCACUUCAGACCGACUGUACGACGUGACGCCGCCUGGUGUGACGAUGGGUUUGGCGUGGACGCAGAUGGGGGGAGCAGCAAUGUACGUGGAAUCGAUCUUGCAGUCAUCUCUACGACCCAGCACCCGCCCUUCGCUGGAAAUCACUGGCAAUCUCAAGACGGUGAUGAAGGAAUCCUCGUCCAUCGCCUACUCGUUUGCCAAGUCCCUCAUGGCUCGGGAUUUCCCCGACAAUCACUUCUUCGACAAGGCCAAGAUCCACGUUCACGUGCCUGAGGGUGCAGUGCAGAAGGAUGGUCCUUCUGCUGGUAUUACGAUGGCAACCUCACUCCUGUCGCUGGCGCUGGAGACACCCGUGGAUCCUACGAUUGCCAUGACGGGUGAAUUGACCCUCACGGGCAAGGUCCUCCGUAUUGGCGGGCUUCGAGAGAAGACGGUGGCGGCCAGACGGGCUGGUUGCAAGACCAUCAUUUUCCCCGAGGAUAACAUGUCUGACUGGUUGGAGCUUCCAGAGAAUAUUAAGGAAGGUCUCGAAGGUCGUCCAGCAAGCUGGUACUCGGACAUCUUCGAUUUGGUCUUCCCCAAUCUGGAUCGAGACCAAGCCAACCACUGCAAGAUCUGCGAGUGGAAGAAGCAGCAUGAAGCCAAGGAGUCUGCCGACAAGAACGAAUAA